AUGAAGGCUGCUGCAGAAGAAGCGGCGUCACAACCCACGCAAAAGGUCGCCGUGUCGCCCGAGAACGCCGACGGGGGCAACAACCAAGCCGCGAUUACGCCGGAGUUCCCCCGGGAGACGGCGGGAUUCGGGGCGGACAACGACGUCGGUGGCGGCUCAGAAGACGCGGUCACGAGUAGCACCGCCGCCGCCGCUACUCCUCCUCCUGCCCCGACUCCCACCCCGAGUCCCCGGGAGCCGAACGACAAGGACGCCGCGGCCACGCCUGUGUCUACGUUACCAGCGCAGGAAUCGGCGCCGGACGCCGCCUCGAGGACAAUCUGCCUCCGCCCCCUGCCUGAGACCAAGCCGAUCCGCCCACUUUCGAGCCUUGCCGGUUGGGGCGGGGUGACGAAAGCGGCGGCGGCGGCGGCGGCGUCGACAGGCGGGCAAGAAAUCGCCGGGAGUGGAACGCCACCUCCUCCGGAAGUCGCUGCUGUUAAUGGCCAGGCGGACGCGGUGUUGGUCGGGGAGAAGGUUGGCGGCGGCGGGCUGGGGGUGUUGCCAUCGGCGAACAAGGUGGUGGACCUCAGGGAGGUGAAGAAGGUCAAGCCUGGACCGCUCGCGGCGUCGGCCCCAGUGCCCGACGAUUCGGAAGGGGAGGAGGAAGGGGCCGGGGGACCGGUCAAGAUAGACAUAUCCGCGGGAAAGCGCAUGAUAGAGUUCCAGCUGAAGCAGAACGCGGCCGAGGAGAAGAGGGAGGCCGCAAGGGUCAAGAACGAGAAGGGCAUGGCAGACGCGGCUAUCGCGGAAGGAUCCCAGCGCAUGCUGGCGCAGGUCAACGCGCGAAUGGAGGCGCAGAGGCGAGGACGCGGCGGCGGAAGCGGCGUACUCGGCUCGUGGGGAGCCACGGAAGAAAACGUCACGAGCCAACACGACAGCACGACCGUUCACGCGAUCGACCAAAGCCAGAUCAGGAACCUGGCCGAGAAGCACGGGAUCGUCGUGAGGUUCGUGGACGACGGCGCCGCCUCCGGGGUUUCCCAGGUCCGGGCGUUGGCGCGUGCCCACGGGAUUCGGAUACUGGUGGUGGGGGAGGAUGGCGGCGGCUCUUCCGACGGGCGCGUCGAGGACGACGAGGCCCUUGCUGCAGGGGGGAACGGGAGAGCGGCCCGGGGUGCCUCGGUGACACCACCGCCGACCCUUUCGUCUCUCCGGACUCAGGCUGCUCCGGCAAGGAGGAGCCGGUCCCCGACUCCGCCGUUGCCCACGAAGGCCCCACCCAGGAAACCCUCCGUAGUUCCGCCGGCGGCAGGGGGAAUAUUCAGCGGCCCCGCCCGCAUGAUGCGGCGGGCUCUGGAGGCUAGCGGAGGUUGCGUGCCGUCGGCGAAGGACGUUAGUCCGGUAGCCGAUCGCGGUGGGAACCGCGCUUCGCCGCCGCCCGGCGACAACCAAGGAGGGUCGGCACCGCCAGCGGCAGACGCCCGAACGGUUUUGGCUCCGACGGCGGGAGCGGCGCUUGUGGGGAACGGCCAGCCAGCGAGGGGUGUGGCGAGUGGCGGCGACGACUCGAUGUCCGGCAAGGGCGGUGGUGCCGGCCGACCCCGCCCCAGCUGCGCGGAGAGCGGCGCCUGCAGCGUGGGCGCAGCAGCGGCAGCAUCGAACGGGGUGAGGGGUAUCGUUGUGCCAGGGCCCGCUUCGCGUGCGGCGAGAUCGCACGGCGAGAGCUCUCGUAGGAGAGAAGGGGGGAGUAGAGUUGGUGCUGCUGCUGCUGCUGCGGCGGCGGCGGCGGCGGUAGCGGUGGCGGAGGCGGCGGCGGCUACCGCUCCCGACAGCAGCGCGGGGAAGCUCGUGGGGCGCAAGCGACGAGCUACGAUGGGAGACAGCAGCGACCAAGAGAGGGGAGGGGAGGGAAAGGGGGCGCACGACACGACAGCAGCAAUACGCAAGCGUGCGGUGGAGGGCGGCGGCGGGAGCGGUACUGUAGGCGGAGGAGGGAGAAUGGAAGGUCGAUUAGGGUAUAGAGGUGUUGGUCCCUCGGAGGAGGAGGAGGAGGAGGGGGCGGAAGCGGUGUCAGCGCGGACGUCGCCGGAAGCGAUGGCAACCCCAACAGUGCAGAGCAGUGCUCCGAAGAGGAUGCGACUCGUGGCCCCCAGCGGCGUUGUGGUGUCCCAGGCUUCCGCCACACCAACAACGAAGUCUGGUCGAAGAUCGAGUACUGGAGGAGCGGGGUGGGGAGCAGGUGUGAGCCUUGUGAGGUGA